AUGUCCUCUAAGAUUACCGUCGCCGGCGUCCGUGGCAACGUCCAGAAGCUGCUCGAGCAGUCCGAGACCAAGAAGCGAAACUUCCUCGAGACCGUUGAGCUCCAGAUUGGUCUCAAGAACUACGACUCCCAGCGAGACAAGCGUUUCUCUGGAACCAUCAAGCUCCCCAAGGUCCCCCGACCUAACAUGACCAUCUGUGUCUUUGGUGAUGCUCUCGAUGUCGACCGAGCCAAGUCCGUUGGUGUUGAUGCUAUGUCCGUUGAGGAUCUCAAGAAGCUCAACAAGAACAAGAAGCUCAUCAAGAAGCUCGCCAAGAAGUACAACGCCUUCAUUGCCUCCGAGGCUCUGAUCAAGCAGGUUCCCCGACUUCUCGGACCCCAGCUCUCCAAGGCUGGUAAGUUCCCCACCCCCGUUUCCCACAACGAGGACCUCCACACCAAGGUCAACGAUGUGCGAUCCACCGUCAAGUUCCAGCUUAAGAAGGUUCUCUGCAUGGCCGUCGCUGUUGGCCACGUCGAGAUGACCGAGGACGAGCUCACCACCCAGAUCAUGAUGGCCGCCAACUUCCUUGUCUCUCUUCUUAAGAAGCACUGGCAGAACAUUGGCUCUCUGGUCAUCAAGUCUACCAUGGGCCCCCCCUUCCGACUCUACUAA